AUGUACAAGGAACGGAAUGGAGGAGGAGGAGGUGGUGGGUCGUCGAGAUCGGAUAUCCUCGGCGGAGCUAUUGAUCGGAAACGAAUCAACGACACACUCAACAAGAAGCUAGAGAAGUCUUCACCUUCCACAUCUAGGUCUUUCGCUUCUAAAGACAAAGAUCCCUUUUCCUUGGCCUCCACCGCUAAAUCUCAGCUUCCCGAUGUGGAAUCGGACACUGAUAGUGAAGGGUCUGAUGUGAGUGGAUCGGAAGGUGAUGAUACAUCGUGGAUCUCGUGGUUUUGUAAUUUGAGAGGCAAUGAUUUCUUCUGUGAAGUCGAUGAGGAUUAUAUACAAGACGAUUUCAAUCUCUGUGGCCUAAGUGGUCAAGUGCCUUACUACGACUACGCACUUGAUCUCAUCUUAGAUGUUGAAUCUUCAAACAGUGAGAUGUUUACUGAAGAACAGAAUGAGAUGGUGGAAUCAGCUGCUGAGAUGUUGUAUGGUCUGAUUCAUGUUCGUUACAUUUUGACAACCAAAGGAAUGGCUGCAAUGACUGAGAAGUAUAAGAACUGCGAUUUCGGGAGAUGCCCGAGAGUCUUCUGUUGUGGACAAUCUUGUCUUCCGGUUGGACAAUCCGACGUACCGAGAUCGAGUACUGUGAAGAUAUACUGCCCAAAAUGCGAAGACAUAUCUUACCCUCGAUCUAAAUUCCAAGAUAUUGAUGGAGCAUACUUUGGAACCACAUUCCCUCACUUGUUCUUGAUGACUUACGGGAACUUGAAGCCGCAGAAACCGACUCAGAACUAUGUCCCGAGGAUCUUUGGCUUUAAGGUACACAAACCAUGA